AUUUACAUUACCAUUGAUUUUUUAUGCUCCAAAAGAUCUCUACGGAUUAUUCAGUGAAGGCUGUCUGAUAUGUGGUGUUAAAUUUCUGCAUUAUAGAAGUAUUUUUGUCUACCAUUCAGCAGUUUAAUCUGCUUUUUUUAUACUGUGUUAUUAUCAGUUUUAUUAAUUAAUUAGCAUUGUUUUACAAAGAAUUUAUGAACUGAGUGUGAUUAAGAGUUGACAAAAUUACACUAUUAUGAAAAGUAAGAUAAAGCCUCCUCUACAGGUGGAGCAAGAGGCUAGCUAUCCAUGGACAGAUGGAAGAAGAACAGCAGGAGAAUGGCAGGGCCUCACCUCCUCGAGCAAGGUGCAUCAGUGUCCACACUGUGCCUACAGUACUACCGAUACUUACAAUUUUAGGAGGCACACCCUUAAACACACUGGGGAAAGACCCUUUUCCUGUCCCCAUUGUUCCUAUAGUGCUUCAAGAAAGGAGCUUCUCAAAGAUCACAUUAAUCUACACACUGGGGAAAAACCUUAUAGCUGUUCCCAUUGUUCUUACACUGCUUCCCAGAGGAGUUCUCUAAAUGUUCACUUGAGAAGGCAUGCGUCUGAGAUGAGGUUCAUGUGUCCAUAUUGCCCGUUUCAGUCAACACAAAAGGUUUCUUUGAAAGUGCACAUGUUAAAUCAUGUCACAAAAGAUACUCCAAUAUGAAAGUCUUAAUUAAGUAUUGAUCAGAUUUAGAUAGCUAAUUGAAAUUUCAAAUGCAAAAGUUGUAAAUAAGUGAUGGCCAUUUUUGGAUAUAUGUAUAUAUGUGUGCGUGUGUGAAUGUACACAGUCCUUUCAUUCUCUGUUAAAUUCAUUACAUUUCAUUAAUCUGCGGCUAGUCCCACAAAAUAUAUUAUACUACUUUGUAAAUAUUUUCUACUGUAAGAACUGUAGGUGUUUUGUAGUAUUAAUAAUAAAGAUGUUAUGUAA